ACCUCGUCAAUUAUUUCCUCCCACAUUCGCAAAACCUUCAACACACCGACACGCGAAGUCAUUGUUUCACUGCAAGAGAUGAGGGGUACCAUCAGCAGCGGCACUAUCAACUCAAUGGCCUCUGUUUACACAUUAUACGAACCGGGCCGCUACGCAGAGGCGACCGUACCGUUUGCAAUCUCUCCUCGUAAACCUACGAGCGAGAAGGCAAAGACUAGCCUUUUUCCAGGUUCGAGUGUCUUUGGGACACAGACUAUAGAUGUCCUCGGCCGUAUAGUAGCAAGAGAGGGACAAGGAAACGACACAGCGAUUGUGGGACGAAGCUGGGGUUUAUAUGGACCAGACGAUGCUAACACCAUCACCGGCGGAUAUGGGCCUAAUUUUCACUUUUCUGCGCGACCUCGACUACCCAGCACUGUCCGCGAUUUCAUCCGUGUUCUGCCUCUUAUCAGUGUCGGGUUUUUCUUAAGCUUCUCUUUCACAAGAUUUAUCCUCACUCGAUUUAUCUACCCAGAGGGUUACAGUCCAGACCCCAAACGGCUCAAGGGCCACAGGUUCAGCCAUCGGACACUGGCAGUGGCUGAUACAGGAGACGAGUCAACGGCGAAGAGGGCUAUAGUGGACUUCAAAUUUCAAGGCGAUCAGUAUAAGUUUACCGGCAUCGCAAUGGUAGAGGCUGCUGUGACACUUCUUCAGGGUGGGACAGAGGCGCACAGGUUAGGCGGCGGUGUUAUGACACCAGCGAUGCUCGGAGACAAGUACGCCGAAAACUUGCAGCGUCCAGGAUCAGGUGUAGAAAUUUCGAUUAGAGCAGAGGGUUGGUAA